AUGGAUAUAAACCACGAACUAUUCAAAGCUGUUCAAGAAGAAAAUAUUGUAAUGCUUCGGGCGUUAUUAGAUGGUGGUGCUGAUCCUAAUCAUUACGUUCAGCACGAUGAUGGAUCUGAUGGUUCACUCCUUCAUUAUACCCGAUCCAAAGACAUUGCUGAGGAACUUUUAAAGCACGGUGCAAUUGUCGAUUCUAGAGAUUGGUAUGGUUCAACGCCAUUAUUCUCUGCUGUUCAGAAAGGUUUAUUAGAUGUUGUCAGAGUGCUGUUAAAUGGCGGUGCAUCGCUAAAUGCAAUGGAUGGAUUAGGGGAGCAUCUCCUUAGUCGCGCUAUACGUUACUGCGAAGGAAAUUUAGAAAUACUAAGAACCCUUUUAAUAUGUGGAGCUAAUGUUAAUAGCCACUUCUCAAACCAUUUCCCACCAUUACACAUAGCUGUUUUAGCCAAUAGAGUAGAUAUUAUUGAUACAUUACUCUUAUUUGGUGCCUCUCUUAACCAGAGGGAUGUAGUUGGCUUAACUGCGUUGCACCUUGCUUUGCGUAAUUCCGGUGUGAAACUUCCAACUAUAAAAAAAUUGUUAGACGCUGGUGCUGAUGUAAAUAGUGAAUAUUCCCAUCACUGUUAUCCAAUUGAUCUAGCUGUUACGUACAGGGACGUUGUGGUUGUCCGAGAACUUUUGAAGUACGGAGCAAAAAUUAACGCGGAAAGUGAUUCUCCGAAUUCCACUUUAUAUAAGGCUGUAAAUCAUUGUAGCUCUGUUGAUGUUGCUCUGGUUCAGGAACUCCUCAAUCACGGAGCUAAAGCCGGUUCGUACAUGGCUUUUGCGAAGUCACCCGCAGAAUAUGCUGUCAAGCAACAUUUAAACAGUUUAAAAAUACCACCCUAUGUGAAAUUGUUAAUCAAGUACAGUACUGUUGAUUUCAUCGAAGUCUAUGAGAACUAUUCCUAUAGCCAAAUGAAAUUUUACUUAGAGAGAUUAGUAGAUUUUGCUAUAGAAUGUAUAUGGGAAGUUGCUAAAAUGCGCAAUGUUAAGAUUUUUGGGAGAAUUUCAUUUUUUGAUAUCCUUAAGUAUUCUAUAGAUCAAAAAACAUAUUACGAAGAUUCUGUGAUAGAUAUUAAAAGCCAUGUGUUUGAUAUUCUGUCCUCUUGCAGGCUUUGGCUGCCUCAACAGCUACAAAUGCCAACACCUCCUUCCCAUAAUAACUCCCUUCCAAUUUCUAAUCUUUUUAAACCAAAUGGCUAG